AAACACACAGAUACUCGAGACCAGGGUGUCCACCUUGGUAGAGAGUCCUUUGUGUGCAGUGAAUGUGGGAAAACAUUCAGGUACAAAUCCUUAUUUGCCAUACACCAGAGAUACCAUACUGGAGCACGACAUCAUGAGUUUGGUCCAUGUGGGAAAUCCCUUGGGCAACGACCAACCCUGAAUGAACAUGUGAAGACUCAGGGUGGAUGCAGGCAGUACACUUGCAGCAAAUGUGGGAAAUCCUUAGGUGGCAAAUAUGACCCCCUUCAUGUCCAGAAAUUGCCCAGUGGAGGGAAAAAUUAUGUUUGUAGCGGGUGUACUAAAUCUGUCAGCAGUAGCUCAGUGUUGAAUACUCAUAGGGUUCAGUCUGGAGAUAGGUUUUAUAAGUGUCGCGUUUGUGCAAAAUCUUUUCCGUCUGUGUCUGCCCUCUGUUAUCAUCAGAGAACUCAUGCAGUGAAAAGACAGUAUGAGUGCAGUGAUUGUGGGAAAUCUGUUACCAGUAGGUCUGCCCUCCGUUCUCACCAGAGGGUUCACACUGAAAGAAAGCCUUAUAAAUCCAAUGAAUGUGGGAAAUCUUGUGCUGGUAGUUCUGCCGUACAUUAUCACCAGAAAAAUCACAGUGGAGUUAGGCCUUAUGAGUGCAGUGAAUGUGGGAAAUUUUUUGCUGGUAGUCUUGUCUUACGUUACCACCAGAGAGUUCACACUGGGGAAAGGCCUUAUGAGUGCAGUGAAUGUGGCAAAUCAUUUAUGCGAAAAACUAGCCUCAAUGUACACAUAAAGGUUCACUCAGGUGCAAGGCCUUAUGAGUGUAAUGAAUGUGGGAAGUCUUUUACUGCUAGGUAUUCCCUCCAUUUUCACCAGCGUGUUCACACCGGGAAAAAGCCUUAUCGUUGCCUUGAAUGUGGGAGAUCUUGUACUAGUAGUUCAGCCCUCCGUAGUCACCAGAGAGUUCAUACAGGAGAAAGGCCUUAUGAGUGCCGUGAAUGUGGGAAGUCUUUUACUGGUAAUUCGGCCUUCCGUUAUCACCAGAGACUGCACAGCGGAGAACGGCCUUAUCAGUGCUGUGAAUGUGGGAAAUCUUACACUACUAGUGCUGCCCUCCGUUAUCACCAGAGUGUUCACACUGGAGAAAAGCCUUAUGAGUGCCAUGAAUGUGGGAAAUCUUUCACCAGUAGUUCCUCCCUUCGUUAUCACCAGAGAUUUCAUACUGGAAAAAAGCCUUAUAAUUGCAGUGAAUGUGGGAAAUCUUUUGUCACUAGUAAACAGCACCGUACUCACCAGAUAGUUCAUAGUAGAGAGAGACCUUAUGAAUGCCCUGAAUGUAGCAAAUCCUUUCCCCGAAAAGAUACCCUCAAUGUACACAAAAAGCUUCACUCAGGUGAACGGCCUUAUGAGUGUACUGAAUGUGGGAAAUCAUUUACUGCUAGUUCUGCCCUCCGUUACCACCAGAGGCUUCACACUGGGGAAAGGCCUUAUGAGUGUAAUGAAUGUGGGAAAUUAUUUACCGUUAGUUCUGCCCUCCGUUCGCACCAGAGACUUCACACAGGGGAAAGACCCUAUCAGUGCAAUGAAUGUGGGAAAUCCUGUACUACUAGUUCUGCCCUCCGUCGACACAAGAGAGUUCACACUGGAGAACGGCCUUACAAGUGCCAUGAAUGUGGGAAAUCAUUUACUGCCAGUUCUACCCUCCGUUAUCACAAGAGAGUUCAUACGGGAGAACGGCCAUAUGAGUGUAAUGAAUGUGGGAAAUCAUUUACUGUUAGUUAUGCUCUCCGUUCACACCAGAGUGUUCACACUGGAGAAAAGCCUUACCAGUGCAAUGAAUGUGGGAAAUCUUUUAUUAGUCUUAGUGGUUUUAGAUACCAUUACAGACUUCACACUGCAGGAAGGAUCUAAAACAGCACAGAAGGUGAAACAACUUGCUUAGUGGCAUUUAGGCUGGAGGACAGCCUCUGAGGUGGCCACCUACCUGAAUUGAACAUGGUUCCCCGAAUGUCCCCAGUGGAGUGACUUCCCAUACAAUCCAGUCAUUUUCAGAAAAAUUCGGAACCUGCAUAGUGCUUUCUGAUGUGGGUGCAGUCACCGCAAGAUGGAAGUCACUGGCAGUGUCUGUGGCAGUGUUUGGCACCUGGCAGUCCACGGUAUGCAUAUGUCACCACCCCAACAUGGUAAAUAACGCUGAGCUGUCCGCAUUAUCGACUGCUCAUCCAAAUUCUGGGUACCUGGAACCCCUCGUUCCAUUCCCAGUUAGGGAAUGGGUGUGACCAGUGUUGAUCCACAGUGGGCGAUGUGAGUUCUGGGUGGUGACUUGCACAGGAAGGCUAAGUCCCACGGGGGUGUUGCUGGUCUCCUGAUGCUUUGAUGACUAUUUGCAGCUUCCAGGUCACCACACAGGAAUUGUGUGCCCCAUGUUGCUCUGAUUAAUGUAUCAGUAAGUGCCAUGUUUGUUUAAUUACCUAUGAUCUUAGACAUUGUGUGCCCUCGAAGGGGCGGUUUGAAAGCAGCAUCGGGCUCUCCCACAUGAAGGAAUGAGCAGAUCGCAUUCCAUUCCAUACUUGCUGUGUCUCUGAGAGGAACAUUGCAAAUGUAUCAGUAAUAUUGCCGUGUAUAUACAUAUGUACAUACUCUAGCCUGUGUGUUAAUUUGCUUUAUAACCCAAGACCUUUGUGAUGGGC